UCCACGGGAAGUGCGUGAACUCUCGCGAUACUCGGAAGUGGAGCAGCAGACUGAGUGAGAUGUUCCGCUGAAAGCUGCUUAGUCGAGCGUUUGACGCUUCCUUUAACGCGAUGCGAAGAAUUGAAUCCUAGUUAUCAGCAUGAAUCAUAAAUAAACGUGUCAGAAUCUCCGAAAGGAUCAGUAAUGGAGGUCAACUCGAGCUGUGCGUCUCCUAAAGAGGAGGGCGAGCUGGAGGACGGGGAAAUCUUCGACGACGAGCCGCAGAGGCAGAACGCGCGGCCUCCGCGACGCGCCCGACCCAAUCGACCAGCGAUGAACAAGAGAGCGCGUUUACCGGGACCAGGGCUCAAUAACAGCCUUCCGGUGCCGCUGAGAGUCGUUCAUCCGCCCUUCCCCUCCGGCCUCCGGCAGGCGUUCGACUCGGCGCCGCGCUCCGGCUUCUGGGAGCGCAGUCACAGCGCUCUGGGCCGUUUCAGAUACCGUGCGCACCGACCGCCAGACUGGACGCGAGACUGGACGGAGCGGUUCUCGGAGAACCACAGCUGUAGAAACGACUCGCCCGGCAGGAAACAGAAAGCGGGCGGCAGAUGUCAGGCGAGGAGGCCGAUGAACAGCGUCCCUAAAGCCGAGGCGAUGGACGAGAGCUUCGAGGUCCUGCUCCUGAAGUACAAGCAGAUCCAGCUGGAGCUGGAGUGCAUCCGGAAGGAGGAGCGGAUGGCGCUGAAAGAGGACGAGGAGCCGCCGGCGCCGGCCGUGCUGGAGGAGCCUGUCUCUGCUGUGAGGGAGGAGGAGAAGAAAGCGUUUCAGGCGUUCAACCUCAAGCCACUCCGACAGAAGCUGCUGACGCCCGCGGAAAGAGACGCUCUCAACACCAGACCCGCACAGACGCCGGACGGGGACGGAGCGGAGAGGGACGCCAGUCCAGAUGACGCUGUGAAGGAAGAGGAGUGUGAAUCGGACCUCAACAUCUCAGCUGUAAGUGACGAGACUCCGGUCGGCCCAGUCAAGAGGGAGGACGAGGACGACCUGUCGGAGCUGCAGCUGCGUCUCUUGGCUCUGCAGUCGGCCAGCAGGAAGUGGCAGCAGAAGGAGCAGCAGGUGCUGAAGGAGAGCAAGGACAAGAUCACCAAAGCCGUCAAAGUGUCUCAGGACAAGAGCGAGGCUCCGGCCGACAGGAACAAGCUGAGCGGCAGAGGAAACGCCCUGUGCAGAUCGCAGGAGGGAGCGAGAGCUGCCAAAGCCACUCCGGAUAAGAGCAAAGCCGCCGUGGCCAGAGCAAAGAAACCGGCCCACCUGACCAAGCAGGCAUGGAGGAAGCAGCAGCUGCGCACCUGGAAACUGCAGCAGCAGCAGCGGCAGCAGGAGGAGCAGAAACACAAGCAGGAGGAAGAGGAGGAGCGGAGGAAGAGGGAGGACGAGAUCCGCAAGAUCAGAGACCUGUCCAAUCAGGACGAGCAGUACAACCGCUUCAUGAAGCUGGUGGGCUCCAAACAUCGCUCGCGCAGCAAGUCUUCAGACGCCGAUCAGAGGAAACUGGCCAAGCAGAGUCUGGACACGUCAGGAAAUCUCUACCAGUAUGACAACUAUGACGAGGUGGCGAUGGAAACGGACAGUGAACCCAACUCUCCAGCCACGUCACCUUCGCACGAUGCGUUUCCCCUGGAGUCCACACCUCACAGACAGGGUGUGGCGCAGCAUUAUCUGCAGCAGAUGGAGUUCAUGCGACUGGCUCCUCCUCCACCUCUGCCCCCGCUGCCGCCCCCCGACGAAGUCGAGCAGCCGCCGAAACCGCCGUUUGCUGACGAGGAAGAGGAAGAGGAGAUGCUGCUGAGAGAAGAGCUGCUCAAAUCGCUGGCCAACAAGCGGGCCGUGAAGGCAGAGGACGCGUCCAGUAGCAGCGGGCCACCCUCUCCUGCGCUCAGAGCCGUGGUUCAGCCCAGCGCCAGGAACAACCUCGCGGCCGUCAGCCUCAACACGGUCGUCUCGCACGCACGUGCGCUCAAGUUCGUACGGGGACAUCCCGCACCCAAAGCCCCGUUUGUGCUGCCUCGACACAAGUCUGUGGUGGUGCGUCUGAACGCGUCUGACGACAGCGACUCUGACGGCGAGAGCUGCAGCCCCACGCAGAGUGUGUUCGGAGGCCUGGAGUCCAUGAUUAAAGAAGCACGGAGGACCGUAGAGGCAGCCAAGCCGAAACAUUCAGUGUCCGAGAAGGAGAACAACCCAGUAAAGAGUGCAGAAGCUCUUCCUGAUGUUAAGAAGAUGGAGUAUCGGCUGCUCAGAGACGACAUGGCCAGUCUGGAGAAGCAGAGAUCGGGCCGGCUGGAGUUCGUGGUUGGGGUCCCGUCUCCUGCGGGCUCAGACUCAGAGCUGGAAAUCAUGGGAAGAGUGGCAGAUCUGCAGGAGAAGUUCAGUCAGCACAGAGCGCAGCUGUGUAAAGACGAGGCUCUGCUGAAGCAGCUCCAGCAACAGGAAGUCAAGAAGAAAGAGUCUCUGAAAGCAGCCGAGGGCAAAGUGACGAAACUCAAAGAGCAGCUGCUGGCGUCAGAGAAGAUUGUGAGCGCCAACAGAGUCCUGCUGAAGAAAUUACAGGAGCAGGUUCAGAGAGUUCAGCACCGCGUGGCCCUGAAGAAGCAGCAGUCUGUGAAGCUGAAGAGAGAUCUGGCUCAGGCCACACUGAAGCGCAGUUCAUCUGCCUCCAUCUACUCGCCAGUGAAGGUGCGGCGUGUGGAUCACUCGGACGUGCAUUACGCGGAGCUCAUCGCUCAGAAGAAGCGCCUGCAGCAGCUGGAGUCUGAAUACGCCCUCAAGAUUCAGAAGCUCAAAGAGGCCCAGGCGUUACGGCAAGCCGAGCCACGACCUGCUGCCCCGCAGACACCCGGCACGCUCUAUCCGUUACCUCAGCCCUCACUGCAUGACCUGACACAGGACAAACUCACCCUGUCCAACGAGGACGUGGAGGCUGAGGAGGAUGAGCUGCAGCAGCAGAUUCCUGCUGCAGUGACUACUACCCGCCGCCGCUCCUUCCGAGAGUCCGGCUCCUUUACCAAACCCAAACUGUGCCAUCCGGAGACGCCUGCUGCUUCACCCAUGCCAGUCAAACACACUAAAGCAGCGUCUAGCGGCGCAGCCGGUCUGCCAGAGCUGCUACUGGGGCUGAACGUGGAGGACCUGCGUCAGAGGUACACGCAGUGCGCCGGCCUCUCCGAGCUCCUGCAGGAGGAGACGCACUCGCUUCGCGACACCGCGGACCAUGCCAAGCAUCCUGCAAAGGUCGUGCAGGUGGACUUCGAUCCGAUGGCAGCUCAUCAGAGCCGAGUGGAGGCUAAACCAGAACCGUUUGGACCGUAUCACAGUCCUUUACUAGUCUUUAAAUCAUACAGGUUCAGCCCGUAUUACCGGACCAAAGAGAAGCUUUCCCUCCGCUCACUUUCCUACAGCAACGUGAUCGAGCCAAAGAAGUGUUUCUGCCGCUUCGACCUCACCGGCACGUGUAACGACGACGACUGCGUGUGGCAGCACAUGAGAAACUGCACUCUCACAGAGAGCCAGCUGUUUCAGGACAUCCUGUCCUACUGCCUGCCUCUGAUUGGCUGCUCAGACUCCAGCAGCACCAGUGACAUCAGCAGCGCCACAGAAAAAUACAUCAAGAAGCUGUUUGGGGCCAAUAAGGACCGGAUGGGGACGGACCAGAAGGCCGUUCUGCUCGUGAGCAAAGUCAACGAGAGACUGAAACACAUUCCUCCCUUCACCACGUGUAAAUCUCAGAGGAAGUGGAGACCUGAAGCUCAGAGAGUAAAGACUGCCGGUCAGGACGAUGAAGAUCACACCAGCGUGGACGUCACCGUUCCUGUCCGACACGAUGGGCGCAUGCAGGAGCGCUGGUCGUGGGCCGAUGUCUGCGUGACGCAGGAUGACAAGCGGUACUUUGACAGCGAGACGGAUGACAUCAGUAACCUGGAGACCAGCGUGCUAGAGAGUCCCAACGACGUGCAGCUGUGGAUCAAACUGGCCUUCAAAUACCUCAAUCAGAAGGACACCUCCGUGUCGGAGUGUCUGGAUGCGGCACUGAACACACUGUCCCGCGCGCUGGAGGACAACCGCGAGCAGGCCGAGGUGUGGUGUCACUACCUGACGCUGUUCUCGCGCCGGGGCAGCAGGGAGGAGCUCCAGGAGAUGUGUGAGAUGGCUGUGGAGCAUGCGCCGCACUACGACGUCUGGUGGACUUACAUGAGUGUGGAGAGCGCCUUUGAGGGCAAAGAUUUUGUGUGCGGCCGUCUGAUCUCUCACCUGCUGGAGGCGUCACAAGACCUUAGGCCAGACGUGCGCUCCUUCCAACUGCUGGAGUCGCUGCUGUUCAGGGUUCAGCUCAGUGUUCACACCGGGCGGCAGCACAACGCUCUCAACAUACUCAAGAGUGCGCUGGAUUCGAGCGUUGCGGAUCAUUUGACUGUGCCGGACCGUUGCCUGAUGUGGCUGUCGUACAUCUACCUGACUGAGUUCUGCCGUCUCCCGCCCUCUCUGUACGACCCUGCCAACUCCAGCCCGUCCAGAAUGGUGUGCACAGAUGCAUUCCUCAUUCCCUGGAGAACGGCCCGGGACACCCGCACACCCGCCGACACAAUCAUCAGCCUAUUCACAGAUGCUGUGAGCCGCUGCACGGAUAAGCGCUUGUCCUCCAGUGAGCAGAUUCAGGCCUGUUUCCCCCUUCACUCAAACCUCAUUCAUCUCUACAGGCAGCUGGACAGAUGUCAGGAGGCUGUUGCACUGUGUGAGCGUCUGCUGGCAGUGUGUCCGCUCUACUGCCCUCUGCUGGAGAUCACCGGUGAAGUGCAUGUGUCCUCGGGACAUGCAGAUAAAGCUGAGGCCCUGUGGGCACGCGCUCAUUCUGACAACGCCAGCAGCGCUCGUAUAUUCUACCAGCUCAGCAGGUGUUUGCACUCUCAGGGGAAAUGCAGUGUUCUGGAAGAGCUCUUUGACAAGUUCAUGCGCUCUUUCUGUGAAUCUGUACCAGAUCAGCUGAAGUCUCUAGAUGUACUACGCCAUGUUCUUGGUGUUCAAACUCAAGACUUGCUGAAAGCUCCAACCCUCAAAGAUCAUCUUCAGCAUGAGAUGGUGGAUCAGCUGCCGUACCUGCACUUCUUUCACUGUUUCUGGCAGUCUACCUUUGGCAGUGUGAGAGAGGCCAUUGAUGCGUUUGAGAAAGCUUUGGGAACUAUUACAAAGUUGGAGUUAAUUCACACACUCUGGCUAGACUAUCUGUCCUUCUCCAGCAGUAAAAUGUUGGGGCUGCAGCCGAGUGUUCGUGAGCUGAAGAUGUUCAUAGGUCUGGUGCACCGCUGUCUGGAGACUGUGCCAACCAGACUCACCCUGCCCUUCAGCUCCUCGCAAUACUGGAGCAGCUUCAGUUUCCACAACAAGGUCAUAUCCUUCUGUUUGGGAUGUUUCCCUCAAUCCCAACAUUCCCUUGUCCUGGAAAGACUUCAGCAUAUCAUGCCAACCAAUACUGAACUGGCCAUAAGGUUGCUGCAGCAGGAAUGGCAGGAUGGCAAUGUUGAACAUUUUAAAUUGCAAAGCAGAAUGUUGUGCAGUAGCGUCCCAACCUGUCUGGCCAUCUGGAAAAUAGCUAUUGCGGUUGAGAAGGAGCAAAGGCAAAGAGCAGAGGUCCGGCGACUCUAUCAGCAGGCGCUCCAGAAACUGCCCCUGUCCGCUGCUCUCUGGAAAGAUUGUUUGCUCUUUGAGGCGGCUGAAGGAGGUAAAACUGACACACUGAAAAAAAUUAUUGACAAGUGCCAAGAGGUGGGAGUGAGUCUAAAUGAGCCGCUAGGGUUAGAGCCGAGCCAAACCGAGUGACACGAACACCACAUUCCCAGAGCAAGAGUACAUGCUUCCAUUAGACCAGCCAAACUUCCACAGAUACGCAGACACAGGUUCAUAUGUUAGACUCGUAUUCAGUAUUAAGUGCAGAAGUCCAGUCAAGACACUGAGCUACCAGUAAUCCAGUAUGUGGGCCUCUUUUGUCAUCAUGUACGUAAGUAUAAAUUUGUUGACGAUACCUGUUGUUUUUGAUUUGCGUGUUCCAUUUGUACACUAACACUUUUAAUUUGAUUUUUAUUUUUCUUUAACGUUGCGUCAUGGUUGUUGACGGACUGUGACUGUUCUUAAAGGUGGCUUGCCUCCUUCCUCUAAAUAUACUUCAGUUUGGGUUUUUUCUCUCAUGGUGUCUCAACCAUGUCUCGUGAAUAUGAACUCCAUUGGAGAGUUUAAGGGCUCAGCACCAAGUGUUUUUUUUUUCUCUUUUGUUUUGAUUUUUUUUUUUUUUUUUUUUUUCUACUCCCUCUCCAACCAUGGAUUAAAUGGCUGUUAUUGGAAGUAUUCUGUUUGGCUCACCAGUGUCGGUGUAUUGAUGGAAACUUCUCCACAGACUGCCAAAACUCGCCGACACUCACCAUGUCUGUAGUCAUGGACUGCGCCAAAAGACCUCAUUCAACUGUUCAUGUAAUACUGUUUCUUCAUAAAUUAAAAAAAUCCAUGUUUGUAUGUGUUUGUGCGUGUGUGUGUGCGUGUAUUUAUGCACACACACACGCACGUUGAUUAACGUAUUCUGCAGGAAUGAUAAUCUUACACCUGUUUUUUUCUUUCAAUUUAUAAUUGAACAAUGUUUCUAUUAAAUUAUUUUGUACAGAAA